ACCUAAUCACUGUGACACCCAGCGGAAGUAAACAACACAAGCGCGCUUAGCGUUAGCUGCAUGCUAGUGUUGAGUUAGCUUGAAGAGACUGUAUUUUAGUCGGAGUGCAGAUAAUUCUUUCAGCUGUAAUUAAGCAACGACGUCUUCAGUUGGGUAUUUGAGAGAGUUUAUCAACGAGUGACUAACUGUUGCUGCUGAAGUAGUAUUCAAAGUCAAAAAAUAAAAUAAAAUAAUUUAAAAAGCUAUCGUCGAGUACGAGGACGAGAUCCGUCGUCAGUGCAGACUGUUGGAUAUUGUUUGAAAACCCGAAAAAAGUUACACAGGAUAGGUGUGAAUGCACUUUAUUAAUUUAAAUAUGGAAAAAACUGCAGAUGUCUGGCUUUCCAGGCUGGAGAUAACUCGAGGAGCACAUCGCCUCAGACGGAGGUUUGAUUUUACGUCCAUAAAGCAUUCGGCAGUUUGAAGAGAAAACGUCCGGGUAGUCACUUUAAAACAUGGACUCGGUCUACACGGACUACACAUACUCACACUGUUUCAACCAUAAAGACUUUCCUCGGAGCCGGACUCAUUACCGUGACCCCCAGCCGGACUGUGAAGCUGCUCGGGCGGAGACAACCGAAGGAUGUGGCUGCUGUCGGUGCUGGUGCCUCUCCUCAAGCUGCAUUUCUGCGGAAUCAAAGUUCUUCUCUAUCAGACCUUCAACAGAUCUUUUACGCUCCCAGUCUUGCCCAAGCAGAGUGGAAGAGUUGCCAUUGUGACCGGGGGUACCAGAGGAAUUGGCUUUGAGACUGCGAAACAUCUGGCAAGGCUUGGCAUGCAUGUUGUCAUAGCUGGAAACGAGAGGGAAGAAGGCGCCGCGGCCAUCCGGAGGAUUCAGGAAGAAGACUGCGAGGGGAAAGUUGAGUUUGCCUUCUUGGACCUGACCUCUCUGAAAUCAGUGCGACAGUUUGCUCAGACUUUCCAAAACCGAGGGCUCCCCCUCCACGUCCUGGUUAACAAUGCUGGAACCAUGGCGCUUCCUGAGAGACGGACGCAGGACGGCUUUGAGUUCCACUUCGCGCUCAACUACCUGGGCCACUUCCUGUUGACCAACCUGCUGCUGGACACGCUGAAGAGGUCAGGACGGCAGGGCGGCUGCUCCAGGGUGGUUAACAUGUCCUCGGCUACGCACUACGCGGGAGUGGUGCACAUGGACGACUUAAACAGGAGGAACAGCUACAGUUCCCUUGGUGCCUACGCCCAGAGCAAACUGGCCCUGGUCCUCUUCACCUACUACCUGCAGGAGCAGCUGAGGGCCGGCGGCUCCCCGGUGACCGUCAGCGCCGUGGACCCCGGCAUGGUGAACACGCCGCUGUACGACAACCUAUGGAGCAUCGCGCAGGCCCUGAAGAAACCCGUGGCCAAAAUCCUGUUCAGGACUCCGGCCCAGGGAGCGUCCAUAUCCGUCUAUGCUGCAGCUGCCUCUGAGAUGGAGGGGUUCAGUCACAGGGAAGGUCCGGACAAGGAAGUGGUGGUGGUGGUGUUGUCAACGGGGUAA